CCUCCUCUCUGUGGAUGCCACGCUGCCGGCAAGGAAAGACCUAACGACCCCAGUGCCUCCAUCCACAGCGAUGUCGGAGCUCAGCGAUGAAGCCAGCGAGCCGGAGCUGCUGAACCGCAGCUUGUCCAUGUGGCAUGGGCUGGGUGCGCAGGUCAGCCGGGAGGAGCUGGCCGUCCCCUUGGAUCUUCACACAGCUGCUUCCAUUGGCCAGUAUGAAGUGGUAAAGGAAUGUGUGCAGCGGAGAGAGUUAGAUUUGAAUAAGAAGAAUGGUGGUGGCUGGACCCCGCUGAUGUAUGCCUCCUACAUUGGACACGAUACCAUCGUGCACCUGCUGCUCGAGGCGGGGGUGAGUGUGAAUGUGCCGACCCCGGAAGGGCAGACUCCGCUGAUGCUGGCUUCCAGCUGUGGCAACGAGAGCAUCGCCUAUUUCCUCCUCCAGCAAGGUGCUGAGCUAGAAAUGAAGGACAUUCAAGGCUGGACUGCCCUCUUCCACUGCACCAGUGCUGGGCAUCAGCAGAUGGUCAAGUUCCUUUUGGACAGUGGAGCAAACGCCAAUGUGAGGUGAUUACAAGGUCUUAAGUGGCCGCAGGAGGGGGGUGGUCACGUCUGACUCUGAGGAGGGCAACUGGCGAGGCAGCUAGAGGCUGGAGUGCAGGGAUCCCCUGCCUUGGUUUGACAGGCUCAAGACAAAGGGGACAGUCCCCCCUAGGCGUGGAGGCACGGGGAUCGCCCUAGCUUUCUCAUGCAUCUGUCAGGUGGCAUUGUGUGCAACAUUUUAAGUUCUCUGUGCCUUAUUUCCUUUAUCUGAAAACAGGAUGGCAAUGCCCAUGUCAUAGAACUGUUAGAAGGAUUACAUGUUCUGUCAUAUAACAGGGGCCUAACAUAGUGUGUGGCACUGAAUUGACAUGUGUUAAAUGCUAAAUCCCUUUAGCUUUUUUGCCUUCUGUAUAUAUCAGGUGAGGUGAUACUUUGAAAACAUCAUGAGUUUUAAAUAUAAGCUGGAAGUAGGGUUGUUGUCUAAAGCAUGUCACCAUGAUAAUCCUCUUUCAACCCAGCAUUCACCUGACACUGCACACCCUGGCUGGUGUCAGCCGUUGUAACACACUGUAGGUUUACAGGCCACUAAGAAAGAAAGAAAAAUGCUCCUAAUUAAAAUGCAUCUUGUUUAUUGACAUUCUGACUUCAGCGAUGCUAAAAUGCGAAAACUGUGUGUCUUCAAAUGGAUGAAAACCAGUGGUUAGCUUGCUUCCUGUCUUCUAGCCCAGGUGAAACCAGUGAGGACUUGGUGGGGGGGCACUCUGAAGAGGGCGCUGAGUUAGCCGUAAGCAAGCAUUAGGUGUAGUGAGGGCAGGAGAUGGUUAGUCCUGGAGCUCCUGGAAGGGUUCCUGGAGGAUGUUGAUCUCAAAAUGUAGGAUAUCUGGAUAGGUGGAGAGGAGGUCCUAGCUGUCUGUGAGCAGUGAAGGGCAACAGCUACUUUUUGCUGUGAUUAAGUAGAGAUUCAGGCCAUAGCAGGGGGGGAAGCAACUAAGAAGGAGUGAAGAUGGGAGACAGAUUAUUUUAGGAACAAAAGACUAGACCUGGGGUAGAAACCACGGGG